AUGUGUUUUAAAGAUCUUUUGCAUUUGUUGUGUCCGUGUUUUGUAUCAUUAGACAAGAAAUUGGAGACAAAGAAGAAGAAGACGAAGAAGGAAAAGAAAGUCAAAAACAAACACAAUAUUAAAGAUAUAAUGAGACAAACCAUACCAUCAGAUAAGACUAAAGAUGGAUGGCUUACAAGUAGUGGUGAAGAGAUAGCUAUCAGUAAAAUUGAUAGCAAAGACCUGACCCGAGUAUUUGAAAUUCCCGAUGACUUUGAAUCGGUUGAUGAAUGUAUACGACAUCAGGGAUGGGAACUAAUGGCUGAUAUUGGAAAAGGCAGUAAUUCUAAGGUUAUGUAUGGCAUCAAAAUCAAUACACAACAACCUAUUGCCUGUAAAAUAUUAGAAAUUAAUGAUUACUACAACACCAACAAUAAAGACCGACAGAAUAUUUGGGAAAGUUUUAAACGGGAAUUAGUUUUAUUAGUCCGAGAAAAACAUAGAAAUAUUAUACAAGUUUUCGACCAUUUUAUUGUUGAGGAAAAAGUGAAAAAUAAAUUUUGUUGUUAUAUUGUUAUGGAAUUAUCAAAACAGGGAUCAGUUAAAUAUCAGAUGUUAGAUGAAAAUACAGACGACUAUAAUAUGAAGAAAUAUAGAAAACUGUCGGAAACUAAAACAAAAUUAUAUUUCAGAGAUACAGCCAAUGGUUUACAGUAUUUGCAUAACAAACAGAUUGCACACAAAGAUCUUAAAUUAGGUAAUCUAUUGGUAUUUAUUGAUAACAACGGCCAAGAAAUGGUCAAAAUUGCCGACUUUGGGACGAGUCGUGUCAGCUAUAAGGAAGAUGUGGUCAAAGAGUACAAAUGUUUCGGUACUGUCGAGUAUAUGUCGCCACAAAUAUUUAAGAUUUAUGUUUAUAUUAAUACCGAUCAGAAAAUAGAUAAUCUGAAAAAAUAUAAUCCAUUUCAGGCCGAUCUCUGGUCACUCGGUGUCUGUCUAUAUGUUAUGAUUUGCGCAAAAAUACCGUUUCUACCCAACAAUUGUGAGACAUAUAAAGAUUUAAAUUUAAAUUUAGACACUUAUAAGAGUAUCUAUCAAAAUAUGAUUAUAAAAAAUUAUGACAUUUCAAAUAAUACAAGACAUACCUAUACUGAACAUUGUUUCGACAUUUUGUCCAAAUUAUUGCAUCCAAAUACAAGAGAUCGUAUCACUAUUGACGGCGUUUUACAACAUAAUUGGUUAAACAGUUAA